UAUUGUAGCUGGGAUUCCCGUUACAGCUGGAACGGACUCGCAGUUCAUUUCAAGGUUGCCCCACCCUUCCCCACCGCCGGCUCUGCGUGGCUGUGUCUCACCUCACCUGCCUUGGCUGUAUGAGGAGAGACAACACCGAGAGAAGUGGCCCCAGCCCUUUCCGCUCUUGGGACCGUCUUCCCCGCAGUGUGACGGGCAGUGCUAGGACCCGGCAGAAACCUUCACCCCCAGCCUGGGCAGCUGCGGAGACGCCUCCCCGCAACGCCCCGAGAAGCGGGAGAAGCCCCCGCCCCCGGCUGCAGGGCGCCGCGGGAGUCCCGCCAGCUGAGGCGCCCUGGGAGCUGCUCCGGCCGCCUCGCGGGAAGCCGCUGGGGCUGGAAGAUGGCGAGCCGCCGCCUCCUGCCGCUUCUCCUCGGCACCCUGGGGGCUCUGUGCUAUCAUAAAACAUAUGGAAUCUCUGUCAAAACGGACAAUCCGCAUGUUACAGCAAAGGAGUUUCAGGAGGCUAUGCUUAGCUGUAAGUACUCAGCUGGAAAGGGUAUUAUUCCAAGAGUAGAAUGGAAGAAACUCACAACCCGCGAUGUCUCAUUUGUGUACUACAAAGGUGACUUAGUAGGUGAUCUGAAAGGCCGAGCAGAGAUGAUAGAUUCAAGCAUACGAAUUAGAAAUGUGACCAGAAAAGAUUCUGCGAGAUACCGUUGUGAAGUUAGUGCGCCGACUGAACGGGGACAAAAUCUGGCAGAGACUAUUAUUACUCUCACAGUGUUGGUGGCCUCGGCAGCUCCAUCGUGUGAAGUGCCCAGCUCAGCGAUGAGUGGAACAGUAGUACAACUGAGUUGUAAAGAAAAUGAAGGGUCUCCUGCUUCUGAGUACAAGUGGUAUAGGAAUGGUGUUGCUUUACUGGAAAAUACAGGAACAGGCAGUGCUAAAAGAGGAAACAUUUCUUACACCAUGAAUAAAAAGACUGGAACAUUGCUAUUUAACACAGUUUCAAAGAAGGACACUGGAGAGUAUUACUGUGAAGCCUCUAAUGGAAUUGGACUUCCUCAAAAAUGCUCUGUGAAGCGAAUGCAAGUUGAUGACCUUAAUAUAAGCGGAAUCAUAGCUGCUGUAGUAGUUGUGGCUCUGGUAAUGGCAUUAUGUGGCCUUGGGGUAUUUUAUGCACAAAAAAAAGGUUACUUUUCAAAAGAAAGCUCUUCUCAGAAGAAGAGUUCUGACUAUAAAUAUACCCCAAGUGAAAAGGAUUUCAAGCACACCAAGUCCUUUGUUAUUUAGAAGAUUUCAGCCUCUUUGAGGGACACACAGUGACUACUUGUUAUACAGAAUAUUAAAGGGAUUUUUUUUUAACUUCUGCAAAUAUUUGGAUUUGUUUUGAGAUGGCAUACACUGAAAGCAGAGUUUAUUGAAAUGUCUAGGAUCGAUGUAACAAACCUAAUCACGGACUGUACAACUGUUCAUAUUGUUAAUACCAUUAUUUCUCUAAUUUAAGGAUAGUAGUAUGUAGAUAAUAUAAUUUGUAUGAAGGUUUCAUCUCAUCCUGUUUAUGUAUAUACACAGCAAGGGGACUCAUUACUAAGCAAAUUCAUGCUCAUGAUCUUUACAGAUUAGCAUUAGAAGUUUUUUGGCCACUCUAACCUAGUCCUUUGUAGUGUCUACAUCUAAAAGACAACAGAAAGGGCUCUAACUUUUGCUGUUUUUCAGUUUUAUUAGUGCCAUGACCUCUCUAAUAAUAUGUCAGACCAUGCAGUCAAGUGAACAAUUAUUCUGAUAUUGUACAAGUAUAAACUUGAGUUAUGUUAACUGUGGUUCAUCCUCUCUAUAAUAGAGAACCUCCAAACAGUGAUCUGCUGUAGAUGAGUGCUUUUCAAUCUUGUUUCAUUUGUCGAUCCCUACAAAAUUUCAAAUGGCCGUCCGGACUCCUUUAGAAAUCUUAGACAUAGUUUGCAGACCUCAGAUUGAAAACCACCGCUGUAGAUCAAAUGUUCAAAUCCCAAUGCUAAAGUGUGUAGCUUUUUUCCUUCUAGGAAGUAUAUUUAAGAUCUGUGAAAGUUUCUUUGCUAAAGAUUGUAUGUGUGAAGGAAAACAGUGCAGCAAAACUGAUGCAGUAUUAGUGCCUUGAUUUUUCUGUUAAAGUUCAGUUUUACAAAUAAAUGACGCCUAAUGUCUGAUGUGCUGUCUACUGUGAACUUGCUUUCGGAGGUCUGCAACUAUCAUUAGAUUAAUGUGUUGCUGAAAUAUGGUACUCAUGGUGGUGUUGAACAGUCUGCCUGAUAUU